GAGUCGAAUAGGGAGGAGGAAGAGGACGGAGGGAAGAAGAGAAGGCAGGGUGAGGGAGGAGGCGGAGGGAGAGGAGCGCACGCGGCGAGAGCGCGGCCGGGUUCGCUGGUUGAGAGCGAAGAGGGGGUGUGCAUUGGCACCGAGAGGGACCCGGGGCCGCCGAGGGCGAUCGCAGCUUCGGGAGGUAGAGAGAGUGCAGGGCGCGGGCCCAGGAGGGUGGAGGAGUGAGCAUCAAACGGACUCUGGGGUGCACGGUCCCAGCCCCUGCAUCUCGGGAGCUGGGGCUCCCCUUCUGGGGACAGCCAGGCUGGAAGUCCCAGGAGGAGGGGAGGGAAGAGCUAGGGGGUCGGGCGCUGGGAAAGGGUCGCUCCGAGGCCUCUUGGAUGGGGGGUGCCGCUCGCCUGAGCGCCCCUCUAGCGCUGGUACUCUGGGCCGCACUGGGAGCGGCAGCUCACAUCGGACCGGCACCUGAUCCCGAGGACUGGUGGAGCUACAAGGAGAAUCUCCAGGGAAACUUCGUGCCAGGGCCUCCCUUCUGGGGCCUGGUGAAUGCUGCCUGGAGCCUGUGCGCAGUGGGGAAGCGGCAGAGCCCUGUGGAUGUGGAGCUGAAGCGGGUUCUUUAUGACCCUUUUCUGCCCCCGCUCAGGCUCAGCACCGGGGGAGAGAAGCUCCGGGGAACUCUGUACAACACCGGCCGCCAUGUCUCCUUCCUACCUGCAUCCCGACCUGUGGUCAACGUGUCUGGGGGUCCCCUUCUUUACAGCCACCGACUCAGUGAACUGCGGCUGCUGUUUGGCGCCCGGGAUGGUGCUGGCUCUGAACACCAGAUCAACCACCAAGGCUUCUCUGCUGAGGUGCAGCUGAUCCACUUCAACCAAGAACUCUAUGGGAACCUCAGCGCUGCCUCAAGGGGCCCUAACGGCCUGGCCAUUCUCAGCCUCUUUGUCAAUGUGGCUGGCAGCUCCAACCCGUUCCUCAGUCGCCUCCUCAACCGGGACACCAUCACCAGAAUCUCCUACAAAAAUGAUGCCUACUUCCUUCAAGACCUGAGCCUGGAGCUGCUGUUCCCAGACUCCUUUGGCUUCAUCACCUAUCAGGGCUCCCUCAGCACGCCUCCCUGCUCGGAGACUGUCACCUGGAUCCUCAUCGACAGGGCUCUCAAUAUCACCUCCCUCCAGAUGCACUCCCUGAGACUCCUGAGCCAGAAUCCCCCCUCCCAGAUCUUCCAGAGCCUCAGUGGUAAUGGCCGGCCCUUGCAGCCCUUGGCCCACAGAGCCUUGAGGGGCAACAGGGACCCCCGGCACCCCGAGAGGCGCUGCCGAGGCCCCAACUACCGCCUGCAUGGUAUGCCUAAUGUAUGCCCUCCUUCUCCGCGUCUUGAUAGUCUGCACUCAUUCCCAGUGGUGUCUCAGUGUGACACAUCCCUCGUCCUUUCUCACCUCUCCACACGGAACAGCGGGGCGCGACCCACCCUGUCUUUGCAGCUUAGUGUAAGGCCUGACACCCUAUUUUCCUUGUGGUACAAUUACAUACUGGUCCAUGCCUUCUGCCUACUGUCACUUGCCAAGAUGGUACAGUCCAAGUCACCCGUUUACAAAUGGUAUGACCCUACUUAGGGCUAUAGUCUUGACAGCUAUCCCUUUCUGAGAAUCAGCGUGGUACAAUCCCUGUCUUCCUUGCUGCCGCUAUGGUUCUGCCCCGGGAAAUGUUGUCUCUUGUCUGGUGUCUCAACAUGGUACAGCCCAGAUGACCAUAUCCUCUUCAUGUGUUACUGCCUUUAUGCAAACCAACCUAAUCUGCACGUCCCGAGUGGCCUUCUUCCCUCCCUAAAUGGUCUGGCCCAGGAGCUGUCCAUUUCCCCCAACUUGGUACAUUCCAUCCCCCCCAGCAGCCCGACAGUAGUAGAGCCCUGUGCGUUCAGCUCCCACAGCCCUCAAGCUGGUGCUUUC